AUGGGUCACUCCGAUAUGGUUCUUAGAUUUCUUCUGUUCUUCGUUUUCAAAGGAGUUUUGGGGACUACUUUUACGUUUUUGAAUAAGUGUGAUUACACAGUCUGGCCAGGGCUAUUAGGCACACCUGCUCUCGAGACGACUGGAUUCGAGCUAUCCAAAGGUAAAUCACGUUCAUUACAAGCUCCGGCGGGGUGGUCCGGUCGGUUCUGGGGGAGAACCGGCUGCAAUUUUGACGGGUUGGGUCACGGGUCAUGCGCCACAGGGGACUGUGGCUCGGGACAAAUGGAAUGCAAUGGUGCCGGAGCCGCACCACCCGCCACCCUGGCGGAGUUCACCCUUGGAUCGGUGGGUACCCAGGAUUUCUACGACGUCAGCCUUGUUGAUGGGUACAAUAUCCAGAUGAUUGUGGUGGUGAGUGGCGGUUCCGGUGAUUGUGCGACUACGGGUUGCGUCGAUGACUUGAACCGGCGGUGUCCGAGCGAGUUGAAGGUGGGUGGUGGCGGAGGGUGUAAGAGCGCCUGUGACACGUUUGGGACGCCGGAGUACUGCUGUAAGGGUGCCUUUGAUUCGCCUGCAGCUUGUCGGCCGACGGCAUACUCGGAGCUUUUUAAGUCGGCAUGUCCAAAAUCGUAUAGUUACGCGUACGACGAUGCAACCAGUACGUUCACGUGUACGGCUGCUGCUCAAUACGCCGUCGUAUUUUGUCCCUCGCUACACUGCUUAAGAAAUGUAAAACCAAAAGUGGGUAACGAAACCGAAGGAUCGUUGGAUGCAUUGUUGGAGUUGUACGCUCAUCUUGCUUCAGAUGCAGGGGAUUCAAGUCCUCUGUUAUUUAAUUUCAUUAGAUUCAUGAUUUCUGUAAUACUAUUUAUUUUAAUCUUGUAA